ACAACUCUGUGCUUCAUCACUGUCUACCGAUUGCCAUCCAUCAACCCCUCCCCCUUCUAAUGUUGCAUCAUCUACCCUUUCGAAUAUUGCAAACUGUUUGAUUCACUGUCAAAGUAGAUUGGGUAUUAUCAGUGACAAGGCAGGGGAUGAUUCAAGUUCUAGCCUCGAUCUCAAAGAUACAGGCCAUAUAAACCAUCAACCAACAACCCUAUUGCCCAACUAGCGCUGGUAUUUUUAAGAGUCUCAAGCACGCACGUUGCUUCAAUGGAGGGCACGCAAAUACUAUCGGAGGCUUCUCUAAAGAGCCAAGCAAUUAUCUGGGACGGCCUCUUUGGGUUUGUGGACUCCAUGGCGCUCAAAUCUGCCGUGGAGCUCCGCAUAGCCGACAUCAUCCACUCUCAUGACUGCCCAAUCACCUUGUCCCAACUGGCAGCCUCCUUGGAAUCUCCCGCCUCCCCCGACAUACCCUACCUCUUCCGCAUCAUGAGGUCACUCGUCCGAAAGAAAAUCUUCAGCGUUCACCGGCCAUCCGACGGCGGUGAGGCCCUUUAUGGGUUGACAGAGGCAUCCAUGUGGCUCCUCCAUGAUUCCCGGUUCAGCUUGGCUCCCAUGGUUAUAAUGGAAAAUCAUCCGUGGCAGCUCGCCCCGUGGCAUUUUUUGAGCGCCUGUGCGAGGGAAGGAGGGAUCGCCUUCGAGAAGGCUCACGGCUGCGAGAUAUGGGACUUCGCCUCCAAAAACGGAGCAUUCAAUAAGAUAUUCAACGAUGGUCUGGCAUGCGCGGUUAAGUUCAUCAUGGAAGCGUUGUUGCGGGAGUACAAAGACGGGUUCACCAACAUAGAAACUUUGGUGGACGUCGGCGGCGGGACUGGCGGCGCCGUGGCCGAGAUAGUGAAAGCACAUCCCCACAUCAAAGGAAUCAACUUUGAUCUGCCACACGUCAUCGCCACGGCAGAUCAGCGCCCAGGAGUCACCCAUGUUGGCGGCGACAUGUUUCAGUCCGUUCCUGCUGCUGAUGCUAUUCUCCUAAAGUGGGUUCUGCAUGACUGGAGCGACGAGCACUGCAUAAAGAUUCUGGAGAAGAGCAAAGAAGCAGUGAAGGAGAAGAAGGGGAAGAUCAUAAUAGUGGAGAUAGUGCUGGAGGAGGAAAAUGAAAGUGGAGUGUUGGAGAAUACGAGGAUGGCAUUCGAUCUGCUGAUGAUGGCGCAUACGACAGGAGGAAAGGAGAGAAGCGAAGCAGAGUGGGGCAAGUUGCUGAAAGAAGCCGGUUUUGUUCGUUAUAAUAUCAUCAAAAUCCCAGCCAUACCAUCCAUUAUUGAGGCUUUCCCUUUUUGAAUUUGUGGUGGGUGGGGGGAGAAUUUUCUUAUUUGUGGGCGGAUGGGUUUAUUACUUUGCAUCAUGUGUGGCGGGUUACUGAUAAUAAAUUAGUUCAGUGGUGGUGGUUGAUUUAUUGUUUGCUCUUUAACGCUGCCUGUUAUGACGUAAUAAAACUUUAAAUUUUGUUUGCUUUUA